UGAGUAAAAGAGCAGGUGGGGAGAGAUGCGCACAGAGAGCCUGUGUCACUGGAAAUAGCGCUCACACUGACAGGAGCGAGCAGCAGAGUCGCCCCAAGCAUCUAUGUCAGGACUACCUACCCGCAAGGUGCGUGAGCAAGAUGAUGGCCAUGAACGGCAAGCAGAACUUCUCCAUGCACCCCGCGCUCCAGGAGCCCAAAUACUCGAACCUGCACUCGAGCUCGGAAGCUAUGCGCAGAGUUUGCUUGCAGGCCCCUCAGCUCCAGGGCAAUAUAUUCGGAGGCUUUGAUGAGAGUCUGCUGGCACGCGCCGAAGCUCUGGCGGCCGUUGACAUUGUCUCCCACGGCAAGAGCCACCCUUUCAAGCCAGACGUGACCUACCAUACCAUGAGCAGUGUCCCCUGCACCUCUACCUCCUCCGCAGUGCCCAUCUCUCACCCAUCCACGCUGACGUCCCACCACCACGUCCACCAGACGUUGGAAGGAGAUCUGCUGGACCACAUCUCCUCUGGCUUAACGGUGAACGGCAUGGGGGCACCGGAUCCGUCCGUGAUGUCGGCGCAGGUCCACCAGCAUCACAUCCAGAGCAUGGGUCACCUUCACCAGGCCAUGAGCAUGGGCCACCCGCACUCGCUGACCACGCACAACGGCAUGACCUGCAUCAACGACGUGGAGUCGGACCCCAGAGAGCUGGAGGCUUUCGCAGAACGCUUUAAACAGAGGAGGAUCAAGCUCGGGGUCACGCAGGCAGACGUGGGCUCCGCGCUCGCCAACCUCAAGAUACCCGGGGUCGGAUCCCUCAGUCAGAGCACCAUCUGCCGGUUCGAGUCCCUCACCCUGUCCCACAACAACAUGAUCGCCCUCAAACCCGUCCUUCAGGCUUGGCUGGAGGAGGCGGAGGCGGCGUACCGGGAGAAGAACAGCAAGCCGGACCUUUUCAGUGGCAACGAGAGGAAGAGGAAGCGCACCUCCAUAGCCGCUCCCGAGAAGCGCUCCUUGGAGGCGUACUUCGCCAUCCAGCCGCGGCCCUCGUCGGAGAAGAUCGCAGCGAUCGCCGAGAAGCUGGACCUCAAAAAGAACGUGGUUCGAGUGUGGUUUUGCAACCAAAGACAAAAGCAGAAGCGAAUGAAAUACUCUGCGGCGCAUUAGAUCGAAACACGCGCGUGACUCUGCGUCCCAACCAGAUCUGAGAUCGUGCGGCUGGCUGG